CUUUCACAAACUCCAUCAUGUUUACUUCCCGCUCCAUCAUGUUUGCGCUGAUCAGCUUCCUCGCUGGCGCCAAUGCGUGUGUACAGUGCCCAGCCACAGUGAGGGUCGGCGGUAGUACCAAGAAACUACGCGAUACCAACACACUCGACAAUUUCACAUAUUGCAACUACGAUGAUGUUACGCUCUACAGUUCCACUAUUUACUGUAUGUACCACCCCGAUAACGGCAAGUUGGUGGCAGAUCAAUUUGAUUUUUGUCCGGCUGCAGCAACUGUGAAGGAUCACUGCUGAACGUGAUGUGAAGAGGUGGGGGAGACGACACAUCCAACAGGAGGAGCAAUUUUCGUCUGCAGACAGCCAGGUGUAUGCCAGUACUUAGAUCAACAUCUGUUAUGAAAAUUGUGCAUUCCUUCUUGAC